AUGGCUACUUCCUCGGUUGCCACAGACGCUUUCUCGUGCAGUGUUCGUCGUGGCGCACUGACAACUGCUGUCGAACUGGUGGAGCAAGGCCGUGCAGUAUUUUGGACCUGGCUGACACGCUUACGCUUACCACUCGACGAACUUUCACUGUCUAGUGACACGGGCGCAGCCCUGGCGAAAGAGUUACAGCAGCUAAGUUUUCGCCUUUGCAGCGCAUUCGAUAAAUCCACCGAAGACCAGUCCCUAGACAUCCAGCAGCUGACCAUGCAAUGGGAUGAUGUCGUCUCCCGCAUCCGCAUGAUGUCUGCCUUUUCUCGGUUUCUCCUACCCCCGCUGUUUUCUGACCUGCGGAAAGCUGCAGAAGAAGGACCGGUCAUCAUCGUCAAUGCUAGCUGGUUGGACUCCUCCUGGGAUGGCGCCUCUAUGAGGCCUGUCCUGGGGUAUUGUUGGCAUGGCUCUGUCUCCCUGUCCACUGAACUGCGCCUCUAUGAGGCUGGUUGGACUCCUCCUGGGAUGGUGCCUCUAUGAGGCCUGUCCUGGGGUAUUGUUAGUUUGGCUCUGUCUCCCUGUCCAAUGAACUGUGCCUCUAUGAGGCUGGUUGGACUCCUCCUGGGAUGGUGCCUCUAUGAGGCCU